AUGAAGACAGAGCUGGACUACUGUCUGUUGACUUACACGUGCGACUGUGCCGCUACAAUUGCCUCUACCGAAGACCACGACGAGGAGCAGUCCUCCGAGAGGGAACCAUUCGAGUUCGGGCGGUGUCGAAUUGUGGAGCGUCAAAACUUUGACCGCGAUUGCGACGACCCGUUGUGCAAAUGCAAAGACAGUGCCGAAUCCCGAAAGAAGGAGGUUCACCGAUUGAUUAGACAAAUCCAGUCCCGGUGCAGGGAGAACUCGACAGCGUACAUCAAGCUUGGGCAACGGUACCACUCAUGCCUGCUGCGGGCUCGGAUGAGACUGUCCAAUUCCAAGCUAUGUGCGCCGGCGCAUGAGCAAUUCGCCAUCUCAACGACACCACGACGAGAUGACCCAUUCUUCAAGUUGGACGGCAAAGUCCAGAGCUUGCUAUUUGGGCCACGUAUCGCCAUCCAGGAUGUUGAAGACGUCCAUAUCCUGAAGCUGGCCAUGAGAGUGGUCAACAAAGCCCUCUUCCUGUCAUGUCUCAAGGCGGAGAUGAUGCUCUCUAGAGUGGGCGUGAAUGCGAUCGUGGCUGCCGAAAGAAAAGAGUUUGGCCCAGUUACGCCCAGGGGCGAGGUCAAGUCGAAGGGUUUACCUCAGAAGGAUUCUGCUUCUGGCAAGGAGCAGAAACACACUCUGCCACUUCCUAGAAAGCUUUCAUUGCCGGACGAUGAAGCUUUCAGUGGAAAGUCAAUUAACCAUCCGUUGUCGUCCUGCAGGUCGAGCCCACAGAAAUCUUCAGGCUCUGCGGCCACUGCAACCCACACCGAGGCCGCCAGGCUGAACACCAUGACAUCGACAUCGAAGGAAGCCGUUGUAGUCACGCUCGCCUGUCCCCACUUCGCAGUAUUCCCAGCAGGUAGCUAUCGUGCCUUCACCGAAGCGCUGGCUCGAGACGACUUCAUCAAAUGGCAAGAUCUGCUGCACACACAUUCUGAAUCCCGACGGUCGCUGGACGGCCUCUGGAAAUAUUCUCCAACAGUCCUGAUCCCCACGGAAUACCAUUGCGGACGAAAUGAAUGCAUCCUUUAUCCUGGAAGAUGGCCACGGGAGCUGGGAAAGAUCCUUGUGGGGUUGAACGAGUUCUGGGAACAUCGUAAAAGUCUCUACCUCCAGAUGGGCGAGGAAUACUUCGACAUGGUUCUGCUCCUACCGGCCAGCGCAAUAGAUGGCCAGACGAGCUUGAUGGCCCACAAGCAGUUCGUCGUAGAAACCCGACAGUGGACCCAAGACCCUUUCUUCGAGUCUUGGAGGGAAGCGGCGACUGCAAUAGAGGCCGCCAUGCUGACGGCCGGAAGGGAUUCUUUGGCGAAUACUCAAGAUGCUCUGCGGUGCCUCAUCCGAGGAAUGCCUAAUUUUCUCCGGAUGACCAACGACAUCUGGGAGCUGAAGGAGUUGGUAGCAGAGCAUUCUGAGCAGUUGAGAGCACAGAGUGUGACUGCACAACAGCGUUCACGGCACGGGCGUUUCCCGGUACAGAGUGAUCUUGCAGUCCGCAAGGAGGCUUUUGCUCAUGCAGCUCGAAAGACUUGUGAGAAGCGCAUGGAGGGCUUCGAGGAUUUCGGUGUGAAGGCCAUGAGCGUGCCAGACCGAGAAUCGAAAGAGCAGCCGGAGGAGGAGGAGCUUCCAAUUGGUUAUCCCCGUCCCUCAGUGGAUGUCAAUGUUGCGGAGAAUGUUAUUGAUGCCAUGGACUGGUAUUGA